AUGGGAGAACAGAGUUUGGAGCAUUUAGUCAUUGGUAUAGCUGUCUCCCCUCAGGAGGAAUGGCAGGGAACGAGGAUUCCUGCCUGUCGUAGCCAGCUGAUAGAUCAAUCCUGUGCCGGUUUUUAUUCCUUUGCCUUUUAUGGCUGCUGUGAUGACUCCCCGAGGAAGGAGAAGCAGCAGCCUCUGAGGUUUCACUCCCUGCACAGAUCCAUCCAGAUCCUCAGCGUCCUCCUGGCUGGGUUCGGUUUCCUGACUGUGGCAGUCUGGGGAAGAGCAGUUGGAGUUUCCUACCUGGCUGUCAAUAAUCCUGAAAAGUGGUUCGGGGGCCCUGGAAAGUCCCAGGUGGUGCCUCCCCUAGAGUUCCUUCAGCCGAUUCUAAAUCUGUGUGCCAUUCCUCCACCUCCACCCAACCACUUCAUCUUGCCAAGGUUUCAGCCUAAGUGUCAAUCAUCAGAAUCCUCCCCAGUCUUUCCUGUUUUGCUUUAUCGCUGCACCUUUGCACAGCAAAGUGCCAGCCUCCAGUCUGAUACACACCGAGCACCUAAUUCAGAUUCACUGAGUGUUGGGUGGAAGUCUUCCCUAGGUGAACUGAAAAGGCCAGAGAAGUUACUCCAGCCCUUCUGCAGGAAGUUAGACCUUGAUUUGGGCUCCCCCUUAUGGUCGGGCUGUCACCCCAAUCCAACCAAGACACAAAAUGAUACCCAAACCAACACCUUCAGUACCGACGUUGGCCACAUUCACAGUAACAUCAAUACUUGUAGUGGUAGUGGCAACCAUGACACCCGCCACAGGCAUGGUAGUAUAGCUCGCCCUCCUGGCAAAUGCAGCCACAAGAAUUAUACUACAGUGAGGUGGAGCAGCCAAGACAACCUGGUGACAGAACAUACUACUGUAUGCCCCUAUGGGGCAGUUCUUAUGGUGACCUCAUUUGAAAUUGUAGAUUGGUAUGGCCUGGUGGUCACCAAACACUCAGCUGGCUUCUAUAUCUAUGGCUACCUCGUGGGUCCAGGAUGGGCCCCGCCCGCCGGGCCCGGGGGAGCCGGGGCCGCGGCCCGGCGCUGGUCGGCGCUGCUGUCGCCCCUGCUGCUGGUGCCGCUGCUGGCGCGGCCCGCGGGCGCCCUGGUGGAGGGGUUGUACUGCGGCACGCGGGACUGCUACGAGGUGCUGGGCGUGAGCCGCACCGCGGGCAAGGCGGAGAUCGCGCGGGCCUACCGCCAGCUGGCCCGGCGCUACCACCCCGACCGCUACCGGCCCGAGCCCGGCGACGAGGGCCUCGGGCGGACGCCGCAGAGCGCCGAGGAGGCUUUCCUGCUGGUGGCCACCGCCUACGAGACUCUCAAGGAUGAAGAAACACGGAAAGAUUAUGACUAUAUGCUGGAUCAUCCUGAAGAGUACUACAGCCAUUACUACCACUAUUAUCGCAAGCGCUUAGCUCCUACGGUGGAUGUUCGGAUAGUGAUUUUGGUCAGUGUGUGUGCUAUUUCAAUGUUUCAGUUCUUCAGCUGGUGGAAUAGCUACAAUAAGGCAAUCAGCUACCUAGCCACAGUGCCCAAGUACCGUAUCCAAGCUACAGAGAUCGCCAAGCAGCAGGGACUGCUGAAAAAAGCCAAAGAGAAAGGCAGAAACAAAAAGUCCAAAGAAGAGAUACGUGAUGAGGAGGAGAACAUCAUAAAGAACAUUAUAAAAAGUAAAAUAGAUAUCAAGGGAGGCUAUCAGAAGCCCCAAAUACGGGAUCUUCUCCUGUUUCAGAUUGUCUUAGCUCCAUUUCACCUGUGCUCAUAUAUAGUCUGGUAUUGCCGGUGGAUCUAUAAUUUUAACAUCAAAGGCAAAGAAUAUGGGGAAGAAGAGAGACUCUAUAUCAUACGUAAAUCUAUGAAGAUGUCCAAGUCUCAGUUUGAUAGUCUAGAAGAUCAUCAGAAGGAAACUUUUCUGAAACGGGAGCUCUGGAUAAAGGAGAACUAUGAGGUCUACAAACAAGAACAAGAAGAAGAAUUAAAGAAAAAAUUGGCAAAUGACCCUAGAUGGAAGAGAUACAGGAGAUGGAUGAAGAAUGAAGGGCCGGGACGGUUAACAUUUGUGGAUGACUGAAGUUUGAUGGAAUG